GUGCAAGCACGUCCAGUCCUCGAUGCACUUAAUCAGUUAGGGUCGACACCAUGGAAGAUCAAUGAACCAAUGUUGGAUGUUCUCUGCCAGGUGUUUGAAAUGUCUUCCGAUGUUUCCAAGGCAGAGCUUCUUAGCACACUUGCAGUACCGCUUCGAUCAGAUACUACAAUGAUGACGUUAACAAUUUACAUGUGGAGUUUUGGAAAGUGUGCUCGGUGGAAACGGAGAAAGUCAGCUAUCGCCUCAACAUCAAGUUAUAUUGAGGACACAAAAUUGGAACAGAAGUACGAAAGACCCGCUUGGGACAAAGAUUUUCCAAAAAUCCUCCCACCACCGGUACGUGUCCCUGAGAAAGAAAAUAAGGAAGUGGAUGUCGAACUCGAUAUGAAGCUCGAUGGCGCUUUUAAGUGUGACAAUAAGAACCUACUCACAGAAAACGGAAAGAAGGCAAACGAUGCCGAUGUAAGGCGAUCCGAAAUUCUAGACCCUGAAGUAUUCGAAAAUAUAACGCAGGGUAGUCGUAUGUCACAGAAAUCGAAGAGAGGUUUGAGAGAGAAAUCCAUGCAGCAGUACAAGGAGCGUUCAGCACGUAAAAACACCAGAAAGGAAAGUAAAUCCAUGAAAGCGAACCCAGUCAAGAAAGAAGUGCAGACGAGUGGCUCGGAUAAAGGAAAAGAAUCAAGCAGUGGAAUAGACGAUGAGAUAGCACGAGGAAACAAAAAUGUUCGAAAUUCAAGUGAAUUCGAUAGUAGACAGAAAAGUGAGGCCAAGAAAUGCGGAAACUCACAAAAAUAA